GAGGAUUUCACAGUAAAAGAAGAGGAGGAUGUAGUUUUUGGACUGAAAGAGGGGGAGAUGGCUGUUACAUCCACAAAGGAGGAGGAAGAAGAGGAGGUUGGAGAUCUGGGUCCGGUUUCCCAAACGCAUCUUAAAGCAUCCAAUGAUUCUAACGAUGUUAACACUAGAGAGAUACGGGACAAUCGUGGAUCCUCUGGGGAUCCUCAACAAAAUCAUGAUGAUGAUGACGAGGCAGUGAAGAGUCUCCCCACAUCAGAACUCCUCAAGAAACACCAGCAGAGACCCACAGGAAAGAAAUCUAACUGCUGCUCUGACUGUGGGAAAAGAUUCAACUCUUCAUUAAAACUUAAAAUACAUCAACGAAUUCACACAGGAGAGAAACCUUUUGGUUGUGAUCAAUGUGGGAAGAGUUUUACUGCAUCUAGCCAUCUGACUAUACACCAGAGAACACACACAGGAGAGAAACCUCAUAGCUGUGAUCAAUGUGGGAAGAGUUUUACUCGGCCAGACAGCCUGAUGGUACACCAGAGAACACACACAGGAGAGAAACCUUAUAGCUGUGAUCAAUGUGGGAAGAGUUUUUCUACAUCUGGCCAACUGACUUUACACCAGAGAAUACACACAGGAGAGAAACCUUAUAGCUGUGAUCAAUGUGGGAAGAGUUUUACUACAUCUGGCCAGCUGACUUUACACCAGAGAAUGCACACAGGAGAGAAACCUUAUAGCUGUGAUCAAUGUGGGAAGAGUUUUAUUUCAUCUGGCCAGCUGACUUUACACCAGAGAAUACACACAGGAGAGAAACCUUAUAGCUGUGAUCAAUGUGGGAAGAGUUUUACUACAUCUGGCCAGCUGACUCUUCACCAGAGAACACACACAGGAGAGAAACCUUAUAGCUGUGAUCAAUGUGGGAAGAGUUUUACUAGAUCUGACCAUCUGACUUUACACCAGAGAAUACACACAGGAGAAAAAUCGUAUAGCUGUGAUCAAUGUGGGAAGAGUUUUACUAGAUCUGGCCAUCUGACUUUACACCAGAGAAUACACACAGGAGAAAAACGUUAUAGCUGUGAUCAAUGUGGGAAAAAAUACUCUGAUAAAAGAUCUAUGAUUAAACAUCAGAAACAUUGUUUCAUGAUAUCAAUUAAAUAAUGUCACAAUGAAGAAUGUUUUAACAUUGAAGAAGGAUUAUUUGAAUCAUGUCACAAUGCAGAACCCUAAAUGUUUGUCCCCUGUUCUAUUGAUUGCAGCAUCAGGGGAAAAAUCCAGGCCUGAAUUGGAAGAGUACUAUUUAUGACUUAACAAAAAGGGACUAACAAAAAAAGAGUUGUUACACACCACGUUGGUGAUGCACUUAAAUCAAAAUGCAACACUUCAAAAUGUAGCGAGCUGUUUUCUACAAAUUGUCCUCUAACCAGUGAUGUACACAUUAUUCCCAGAUUCCGUGUGGUUUUUGCUGCUUUAGUUUUAACAGGACUUGCAACCUCAUCUCCCUCCUAUCGCACAAUUGAUUUCAACAUAUCGAUGGUUGAUGACAAAUAAGUGUUGUGUUCCUUAGUUUUUCGACCCCUAAAUUUAAAUGCAUCUCUCCUAAAUUGUAGCUGACUGUCUUCUGCAGGUUGUCCUCUAACCAGUGAGGUGAAAGAUAUCUCCCAUUUCCAUGUGUUUUUUUUUUGUUGUGUUUGUGUCAACAGCACUUACUACCUGAUUUCCCCCCGAAUCGAUAUCAGUGAUUUAUUGCUACUUGUCAAAACAGGGUUUUGGUGCUUGUGCAGUUUAUAAGGUGCUUUUUUAAGAAAAUACUUAUUUUGAUUAUUGUGGCAGAUGUUUGGGUCUAUAGUACAUUUAAUGUUUAGGAUUUCAAUUCAUCACAAACUUUUUCUGCAUUUGGACUAUUGAUUUGGACACAUUAAAACUGUGACAUUGGGGCUAUCCCACAUAGCAAAAUGUAGUUGAAAAUAAGACUAUGCAAAAGUUGAAAAGAAAACAAUUUAAUUUCAAUGUACUUGCAGCCUAUACACAUGGACUCAGUAUAAUAAAUUGGCCUAUUAUCAAUUUUAUUAACAAUUUGACAUCACUCCAGUAUUUCUUUACAACAUUCAAAUGCUAAUUGUCUUUUUUCCACUACUGAAGAAGCAUGACUCGAAUCACCUACUCAUAUUUCAAACAUCCAGCCUGACAAAAGAUACAUGUUUUAUUAUUCCAUGCCUCACCAUUAGUUAAUAUGUAUUGACAAUAAUUAACUUAACAGAGGGUUACAUUUGGUUUUGAUAUUUCAUAUUUACAAUUCAUGUAACAUUUAGUAAUCAGAAUUAUUUAUGCAACCACCUAACAAUUUUUGUGUACAAUUAUAUUGGAAUUGUUAUCCUGCUUUUAGAAUAUCAGGGAUCAUUCUCAGAUGUGCCAACCGAAAUGUACUAGAGCAUGAUAUUGGGGACUGGAACCCGAUCCAACAACAUACCUAUCGAGUGAACCCUGAAAAGAGAGAGAAGCUCUGCAGUUAGGUGGAAAGUUACGAGGGAUAUUGCAGGCGUUUCCUCUUGAAAUCAGACAUGUCCGUGAUAAGAACAACUUGGUUGCUGAUUGUCUCAAGCAUGGGCAGUCAAAAUGUUUUGUGUUUUGCAUUUAGCCUGUGUGUUUCCAUGGAUCACAAUUUAUUUUCACUGCACAUUUUUCCGUAUUGGAGAUGGAGUUUUGUUUGGGCUAGUUCCAAGGGGACGAGAGUUCUAGAAGCUAGUGAGUUUUUAGGAUUCUAAAGAAAGAAAAAGGAGUAAAAAAAUGAGAUUGUAUAUUAUUUUUUAGAAAUAAGUGUUUUUUCUUGUUUUUUCAUUGUUGACAGCCAGUAGACACCAUGUUUAUAUUGUAGAAGGUGAAGCAUUGUAGUUGAUAAUGAGAAAUGGAAGUUUUCUGUUGGUGGA